AUGACAUCAAUCGAGCCAUUGCCGCUACCCCAAGGUCUUGAAGAAUCCUAUAUUGACUGCACAGACUCAUGUGGUCUUGUAUUCCAUGUCGUCUCCGCUGGACAGAAAGACAGGCCUUUGAUACUCUUGACCCACGGCUUCCCAGAGAUUGCCUUCUCAUGGCGAAAAAUCAUGCCAGCUUUGGCUGCUCAAGGAUACUAUGUCGUUGCGCCCGACCAGCGUGGAUACGGUAGAACCACUGGCUGGGAUAAGCGGCCAUUCCAUGAGGUCGACCUGAAUCAAUUUACCAUGACGAAUCUGGUCAGAGACCUUGUAUGCUUGGUAUAUGCGCUGGGCUACAAGGAGGUGCAUUGCCAUAUUGGACAUGACUUUGGCGCAGUUUCGAGCUCCAUGGCACCGCUCAUGCGACCUGACAUAUUCAAAAGCUGCAUUCAAAUGUCGCAUCCUCAUCACGCACCCCCGACUCCAGCCUUGAGUGUAGAGGCUUCAACGAAGCCUAUCAAGCAUUCUCAUUCUGGCUCUGGCUCGAGUGCGAAACCAGACAUUCAAGCAGAACUUGCAAAACUCGACCCACCUAGAAAGCACUACAAAUGGUACAAUUCGACUUCUGAUGCUUCCAAGGACUGGGAGACAGCACCACAAGGGCUGCAUGAAUUUCUUCGAGGAUAUUUCCAUGUCAAGUCAGCCGACUGGUAUAGAAAUGAUCCGAAGCCUCUGGAAUCAUGGACAGCCUCAGAUCUGGAAAAGAUGCCAAACUACUACAUCAUGCCAAAGGAGCUUAGCAUGCCAGAGACAAUAUGUGACUUGAUGAAAAGUGAAGAUGGCUGUGUAACAACCAAAUGGCUGCCUGACGCGCAGUUGGCAGUUUAUGUGCAAGAAUGGCAGCGAGUCGGAUUCCAAGGUGGACUGAACUGGUAUAGAGCGCAGACCAGUUCGUCACAAAUUCAAAAGGCGGAUAUGCUUUUGUUCGCAGGCAGAAAGAUCGAGGUGCCUUGUGCGUUUAUUAGUGGAGAGAAGGACUGGGGCAACUACCAGCAGCCCGGAGCGCUGGACGGGUACAAGGAAAGUUGCGCCGACUUUAGGGGAGUCACGUUCAUCCCACACGCAGGACACUGGGUUCAGCAGGAACAGCCUGAAUUAGUGAUUGAGGCGGUGUGCAAGUUCCUUGAUGGCCUGUAG